UUAAUCACUGCCACAGUAUCUCAAAUAAAAAACGAUGACUUAAAUAGCAAUCCCUGCACUUCCAAAGAGACGUGUAGUGAAUGUAUAACAGCGAACCCCCAGUGCGGGUGGUGUAUGAAGCGAGGUAAUUUCAGUUACCACCGGUGCGACUACGUAAACCGGCUCUCAGACCAGGGAUGUUUCGAUCAGAUAUUCUAUCCGACCCCUUCAUUCACUCCACUCCUCAACGAAGACCUCUCUAAUAAGACAUCAGAGGACAGCGAUCCCAUCCAAUUGAGGCCACAAAGGGUUCACUUGAAGAUUAGGCCUAACCUGCCAUACAGUGUGCACAUACAGUUCAAGCAGGCGCUCGACUAUCCCGUAGAUCUCUAUUAUUUGAUGGAUCUCUCGAAGUCCAUGGAAGACGAUAAGGAGAAGUUGGCACAACUCGGCAAUCAAUUGGCCGUUAAUAUGAGGACAAUCACAUCCAACUUCCGGUUGGGUUUCGGCUCUUUCGUCGAUAAGGUUGUCAUGCCUUACGUCAGUACUGUUCGCGAGAAACUCGACGAGCCCUGCACUGGAUGUGCGGCGCCCUAUGGUUUCAGGAAUCACAUGAAACUGGAUACCGAUGCCAAUGAU